UAUUUUUGUGUUUGUUGCAGGAGGAGGGCAGACAGGAGUGCCGACAGGAGUGGGAGGGGGAAUAGCGGGUCUCCUGGCCACCACCGCCAUGUUGGAUCCCACCACGGGGGGGUUGAGAGUACCCCCUGCCCGCCAGUUGUGGGCUCCCCAUCCGGCCCCCACCGAAGCAGCAGCGGUGUACUCCCUAUUCCAACAGCAGGAACACCAGCACCAAACUCUGUUGGCAGCACCACGAUUUACCACACCAAGUGCAGCCACAUAUCCUUGUGGAACAGCUGCACUUUUGGCUUCUGUUCAUCCACAAAAAGAUGUAAUCACAAGCAACUACUCACCAAUCACACUGAAACCAAAACUGGCGAAAAAGCGAAGCUGGGAUGAAAUGGUCAAAGUGGAACCUGCUUCUGCUAAGAGUCCAUGCAGCUGUCCUAAUGGAGCGAAAAAAAUCGAGACAGCAGCAUCCUCAAGAACACCACCAGUCAGCCUCUCAUUGGUCAAGAAGGAGCCAAUCGGAACGCCAACUCCUUGCCAAGUGGCUGAGGUCACUACCAGUGUCAGAGUCAAGCAGGAAAUAUCUGAAUCUUCAAUUACUACAGGCGCCAGCGGUAUCCCAGUGGGCAUAGCUGUAGCCAGGCAGCGCAACCUUGACAAUGGGCGUGGCCGAGGUGAGACUCCACCCACUCCGGCACACCAUGCUCAUGCCACACCCACUCUGGCCCCGCCCACCUUUCUUCAGCAACAGCCUCCGCUCCUAUUGGCUGGUUGCGAUGACAGAAGCAUGUGGUCCAUGCCUCAUACAGCACCUCAUUGGCAGUAUCCACCAAUGGAGCCAAGUAUCCCGGUUGGAUUCCAAUUGGUCAGGGAUCCUAUGACUGGACAGCUGCUCCUAAUACCUCCCACUACAAAUGUUGCAGGAGUGAUGUUGCCGUGUGACAUGGCAUCAGCAGCUAAGGCCACUCACAUGAGUAGUGCCUCCCAACCCCUGCUCGCCUCCAACGCUGGCCUAACACUCAUCCAACAGUUGUCAACGCUGGCCAAUCCCACCCAGUUCUCAACCGGGUCGCUGCUCAUUCAGCACAUUUCUGGCUCCAAUACGCAGGAGUGA